AUGGAUGCUUCGCCAACCAAACACACCCGCAAUGUCUCUAGAUCUUCAAGGCCGCGUAGCACGACGAAGGGCCCUCUAGAUCAGCCGGAUGACCCGCUCGGCUCCGAAACAGUGAACACAGCCGCAUCCCCAAGACCAGCUACAGCAGGCGAUGGUGGAUUUACCGGCGCUUCAUUUAGCAGACUGGACCCAUUGGGGCCGGAUGAACUGCCACCAACAGUGGAGAAAGACCUCUCGUACCUACUUCGGUAUGAUGUGUAUCAUUCUCUCUCUCAGGUAGAAAUACCGCACGCGCUUCGCUCCGAGUUCCUUGCCCCAACGUCAGAUGAAUCGCUGUCCACAAGCCUGGCCACUCUUGAGCGGCUUCUGGCUGAAGGCCACUUUUUGCUCGCCGCUUACUUGUGUGGAACGAUCUUAACAUCUUCUUUGAUCUCGGCUACUGACAUCAAACGAAUCUUUGCUCUUUUUUACACUCGGCUAGCGUGUCUGCAACUAUCUGGGAAUACGAUCAUUGCAGCGCAAGAAUCAAAGGCGCUUGAAGACCUGAGCUCCGCAUUCUAUUAUGUGGAACCGAUUUCCGGGACGUCUGAUAAGCACUCAAACUAUCCUCGUCACAUCGUACCAUGGCCCCUACGGGUGUUGGCUAUCAGACUCCAGAGCAUUGGGUUCGGCGACUCACGUAGGGGCAUCGGUGGACUCUACGAGAUUGGCUUGGAAGCGCGAAGGGAGAUUCUGCGGCCAGAUAUGGACCCCGAAGAGCGUAAGUUGUGGAGAGAACGACUGUCUGACCUCGGGAUGAGAAAUGUGAACGCGCUCAUUGAAAUGGGGGAUUUGGAUGCCGCCAGGAGGUCACUCGCUAGCUUGCGCAUGGCGGAGUCGGAAAGCGAGAUCAACAAACUGAGGAAAGUACUUUUGAUGCUCAUAAUUGGCGAUCUUGAUGCUGCGAGGCAGGUGUGUGGCGAAGAGAGCGAUGCCGGGAACACCGUGUUCCGCCCGCUUCUCAGUAUGGCCGAGGGUCGGUACGACGACGCAGUAGCUGAAUGGCGCGCCUUACUUGGCAACGAGGAACACAGACCCGAUGAGUCCAUGAUCUCGCAGAACCUGGCGGUGUGCUUGUUGUACACUGGUAGGUUGAACGAAGUAAGUCAUAUUCCCUAA